CUACAUAUUAGAAUAUGUCAAGGUUAACAAAUAAACCUUACAGUUUGUGUCUGUGUUUCCUAAAGAGCGGGUGGAGAUGGCCUCAGCGUGUGUUUAAGUCAUCUUCAGUCGCCUCCGCAGUGAGGACAGACAAAGUAAAGCAGGCAAGAUGUGGAUUUUCUAGCACUAACUCAGCAAGACCAGAGUGUAAUCCAGCUGCUUCCUGGGCCACCAGAGCUUGGACGGAUGUUGCACAUGGACAAAGAAGAGGACUUUAUUUGACCGUUCCCCUUGCAGAAGAAAACACACUUCAGUCAAAAGAACUGACCGAAUCCGUCUAUGAGAAGCUGGUUGAGGAGACGCUGGAUGCACUAGCAGAAUUUUUCGAGGAUCUCACUGAUGAGAGCUGCACUGCGCCUGACUAUGAUGUGGUGUUUUCUAGUGGUGUCCUGACUGUGAAAGUCGGAGGUGACCAUGGCACUUACGUCAUCAAUAAACAGACGCCUAACAAACAGAUUUGGCUCUCAUCUCCUAUAAGUGGGCCAAAACGUUAUGAUUGGACAGGAGAGCACUGGGUCUACACCCACGAUGGCAUAACCUUGCAUGAACUGCUCUCUAAAGAGUUUUCUGCCAUCUUUCAUUCAAAUAUGGACCUGUCGCAUCUCCUACAUUCCUGACGACGACUAAAGGAUGAAGAAACCACCAGAAAGGUGACUGAGCAUCAGGAACAAAAAUGACACAUGGACAGAUGUGACAUUUACUGUACCUUUGUGCUUCCUUGGAAUCAGAAAUAUUUAGUUGACUCUCAUAAUGUAACAUCUUCUGAAGAAAGAUUUCCCCCUUCUGCUUAAUGCCAUGAACAUCCAUCCAUCCAUCCAUCCAUUUACCUACUAUUUUGUUUGAAUACAAAACUCUACUCUUGACAUUGGUAUCUGGAGCAUCUAGCAGCACAGAUCAGCCUUUAAAGUGCAUUUAUUACACCUGUCUUCAUUUAACCACUGAGGCCAAAUCUGUAAUGGUUCUAUUGUAGCUAUUAGCCUAUUUAAGCACCGCUUUCUAUUCAAAACUCCACUCAGUCAUUAUGGCGCAGGGCGAGAGGGCUUUCGCAGUCCCUGCCAGCCAAUCUGGUUGGAUUACAUUCAGAUUAAAAAAGGUCAUUUUUGAACGCGUCCAACAAUGAAAGAGACGAGAGGGCACUUUUUGUCAUUUAGGGCUUUUCAGUAAUUUAGAGAUCUGGAUACAGCUAGACUACAGGCAGUGGAUCGGAGACUGGAGAGGAGAAGAGGGAGGGGAUUGUUUGAAAAAGCUGAAGGACCACUGAUCAGAGCUGACUCUUGUUCAGUGUUUGUUCAGUAUGUAGUGUUGUACAUUUAGGUAUUAGUGCCUUUUUUAAUUAAAGGAGUGUAAUUAAAGUAUCACUUCAUCAAUCAGCUAAUAAAUUCUAGGCAUGUGCUAGUCAAAAUGUGUCCAUGUUACACUUGACGUUGAGUCAUCCUCAUCUUUUAAACGUUUUUUUUUUUUAAUUACCUGCAUUUUUUGUUGGUUUGAACAGUGUUGUUGAUGUAUAUCUGCUUAUGAUAAAUAAAUUCCAGUCUUAUUCA